UAUAAACCCUUACGCGCUGCAUAGAGUCAACGGACAGCUCCGUGGUGGUAAACAACACAUUACUCACACAUCGAACAUUGACAAAAAAAGGCAACCCGCUAUGGAGAGAAUCUCAUGGACACUUUUUCUGCUGUCUCUUACAUAUAUGGAAGGAUCUUCGCAAGAUUUCGGACAGACCCAGUUCAUCUGCACGUCCGUGCCCAAGGAUAUGGACCUGUGCGCAGCCACUAUGCAGAACAGCGGACCAGCGGAGGAUCUGAAGACCACAGUAAUGCAGUUAAGAGAGACAGUCUUACAACAGAAGGAAACUAUCAUGAACCAGAAGGAGACGAUCAGGGAACUAACUUCGAAGUUGAGCCGCUGUGAGAGUCAGGGUGUUCUGGAGCCCGUGGCUGGAGGUCGGAAGAAAGAACCGGGCAAAAACACAAUGGGAGACGUGUCCCGCGGCCCGACAGAUACUCUAGCCCAACUGGGACAGACUUUAGCUACGCUUAAACAGAGACUGGAAAACUUAGAGCAGUACAGCAGGAACAACGGCUCUGUCCAGGCUAACAGCCUUAAAGAUCUGCUUCAGAAUAAGAUCGAUGAUAUGGAAAAGCAGGUGCUGUCCCGGGUCAAUACUCUGGAGGACAGCAAACCCGGGCAGAAGAACGACACGGAUCAGCGCAAUCGAGUGGAGUCAACCCUCACCUCCUUACACCAGAGAAUUAACGACCUGGAGAAAGGUUCAAAAGGUAGCAGGCCACUGGACAAGUUUCAGAUAACAUUCCCCUUAAGAACAAAUUACAUGUAUGCCAAAGUGAAGAAAAGUCUACCAGAAAUGUAUGCCUUCUCUUUCUGCUUGUGGAUAAAGUCCAAUGCAUCACCUGGUGUGGGAACACCCUUCUCCUAUGCUGUUCCUGGACAAGCCAAUGAGCUUGUUCUCAUAGAAUGGGGGAACAAUCCAAUGGAGAUUCUUAUAAAUGACAAGGUCGCAAAAUUACCUUUCAUCAUCAACGACGGCAAAUGGCAUCACAUCUGCAUCACAUGGACGACUCGUGAUGGAGUAUGGGAGGCAUUUCAGGAUGGUGUUCUGCGUGGAACUGGAGAGAAUCUGGCUCCCUACCAUCCAAUAAAACCUAAUGGUGUACUGGUUUUAGGUCAGGAGCAGGACACACUUGGUGGAGGUUUUGAUGCAACUCAAGCCUUUGUAGGUGAACUGGCAAAUUUCCAUAUAUGGGAUAGAAAAUUAACAGCUGGAGAAAUCUACAACCUGGCAACCUGCAACAACAGAGCACAAGCUGGCAAUGUAUUGUCAUGGUCGGAGAGUAAUAUCGAUGUGUUUGGUGGAGCCACUAAAUGGACUUUUGAGCCCUGCCGUCAGCUCAACUGAACUGCAAAGUGGGGGUCAUCGCCAAACCCAUAUCCAUGUUUCUAGAUUUUGUCUUUCUUUUCCUCAGUUUGACAUUCGUGAAAAAGAAUUCUUGACAAAACAAUUUUAAGGUACUGUAAAAGUAAACCUGGGGUUUCUAUGAAUACCUGAAUAUUUCUGUGCAAAACUAAGAUUUUUUUUUUUUUGUCUUAAUGAAAUAGUUUAAUGUUGGUUAUUUUGCAAACCUCAAAGCAACAGUGUUACGCCAGGUUACUUUUAGCAUUAGAUUAUUUUUUGCUGCUUUAUUUAUUUAUUUAUUUGCAAGUGCACACUGUUUUUGCUUAUUUUGUUGUUUAUGUACUUUUUUCGGUGGGCCAGCAGCUAGAGAACGGUCUCUUUGCAGCUUUUGGACAGUAAA